GCUAUGUGUCCAAAAUAAUUUUUAAUUUUUCUUUUUAAGAAAAGAAAAGAGAAGUAUAAGGAUAGGCUGCAUCAUUCCCCUAUAUAUACCGAAGUGAGUCUUCCGGCUUCAACUGACCCCUGCUAAUUGCCAUGAAUUCGCUUUUGUCGUUCCUCUUCCUCUCCCUCUGCAGCUCUGCACUUUCUACACCAUAUAAUGCAAUUUUCAACUUUGGCGAUUCUCUUAGUGAUACCGGAAACUUCCUCCGUUCCGGUGCCCUCUCAUUUCCAGUCAUCGGCAAGCUCCCCUACGGCGAAACCUUCUUCAGACACGCCACCGGCCGCUGCUCUGACGGUCGUUUGGUUAUCGAUUUCAUUGCGGAGGCAUUUGGGUUGCCGCAUUUGCCGCCGUAUCUGGGUCUGAAACAGGGCCAAAAAUUCAGCGGCGGAGUGAAUUUUGCGGUGGCUGGAGCCACAGCGUUGGGCGCGGAUUUCUUCUAUAAAAGGAAAAUUGGAACCAUACUGUGGACAAACCAUUCGCUUACUGUACAACUCGGUUGGUUUAGAAAGCUCAAGUCCUCUCUUUGCACUUCCGCACAAGAGUGUGAGAAAUACAUGAAGAAAUCGCUAUUUAUGGUGGGAGAGAUCGGUGGAAACGAUUAUAACUACGCCUAUUUUGUUGGUGGAAGUAUUAACGAAAUUCAAUCUUAUGUCCCACUCGUAGUUGAGGCAAUUACUACAGCCACCGCAGCGUUGAUAGAGGAAGGAGCGGUGGAGUUGGUGGUACCGGGAAAUUUGCCGAUUGGCUGCUCCGCCGUGUACUUAACUCUGUUUCAGAGCCCAAACAGAGCAGAUUACGAUGAACAUGGAUGUUUGAAGGCAUUCAACGAUUUCGCCAAAUAUCACAACAAUCAUCUUAAACGAGCCGUACACGCCCUCAGAACCAAAUAUCCCUUCGCCAGAAUCGUGUAUGCCGACUAUUACGGUGCCACGAUUCCAUUAGUCCACGCUCCUAAACAUCACGGGUUUUACGAGGGGCCUCUAAAAGCGUGCUGCGGAGGAGGAGGGCCGUACAAUUUCAAUAACUCGGCAAGGUGUGGGCACAUCGGAUCAAAGGCAUGUGAAAAUCCUGGGUCGUAUGUGAACUGGGAUGGGAUACACUUGACAGAGGCUGCUUAUAGCUUCAUUGCCAAGGCUUUGCUUCAUGCCCUUCCUCCUCUUGUUACCUAGAGAAAACUUGGCCUUAAAUUUGCUUAAUUAACAGAGUUAUUUUGGAAAAGUAGACAAGCUGGACAUGCAUGUAGGCCUUGAAAAUGUUUCCGAUUGCAUUCAAUAUCUCAAUUAAAGAGAUUUGAGUUUGUACCAUAAUAAAAUCGGAUUACACUUAUUUUGUGUCGUUAUAUCCUUGUAAAGAUAUUGAUAUUAAUGACAGUUUAAAAAAAUCUAGUAAUUAAACUUUUAAUAACAAUAUUAAUU